UAUCUGCGGGCUUUUAAAGAAAGAUUAUCGCCCUGCAGGUGUGUCCCGGUGCGGUUAGGCAGGCUGAUAUUCGCGCUUAGUCCGUAAACCGAGCGUCAGCUCAGCCAGAAUGUUAUUAUUAGAGGCGCAGUUCGGAAGAGGAGGGAUGGUGUUACGACAGCAGACCGAGCUUCCUGAACUGCACUAGGUAACCAGAACUGGGACGCAGAGGACGCCGGAGGAGGGUGGCUCUCACCGAGUUCAGGAGAAGGUUACACAAGAGUUUCGCGGCUAAACCCAUUUUAUAAGGCGAUUCGGAUUAACUUCGGGUCGCUCUCUGCGGACUUUUCGCGAUGUCUCUGGCCCAGCAGAGCGGGCAGUUCUUCCCCACCAGCGUCCAGGUAACGGUGCACCAGGCUCGGGACCUGCGUGCCAAGGGGAAAAAUGGCUCCAACGACGCGUACGCGAUCAUCAGUGUGGCCAAGGACAAGUUCUCCACCUCCGUGGUCGAGAAAACGACGGCCCCGGUGUGGAAAGAAGAGGCGUCGUUUGACCUGCCGCUCUUCCACCCGGGGAACGUGGAGCGCUGUACGCUGUAUGUCACCGUCAUGCACCGAGCCCAGGUGGGACUGGACAAGUUCCUGGGCCAGGCGGUGGUCAACCUGCUGGACCUGCAUGACGACAAGUCCCGCAAAAAGCUGGAUUGGUUCAAGCUGGUGGACAAAGCAGGAAAACAAGACAAGGACCGUGGGGAGGUGCUGCUGGACAUCCAGUUUUUGAGAAACAACAUGUCAGCCAGCAUGUUUGACCUUUCAAUGCAGGACAAACCCCGAUCCCGCAUCUCCAAACUGAAAGACAAAGUCCGCGGGAAGAAAAAGGAUGGUUUCUCUGACUCUGCCUCAGCCAUCGUGCCCCCUGUCAGCCAGGUGCUCACAGACAGCGAGGGGGAGGCUGACGCACAGUCACUUAAUAUGUCUCCAGGGGUGAAGAAGAAAUCCAAGCUCAAAACCCUCUUUGCCCCCAAGUCAAACCUGCACCGUAACAUUUCUCAGUCUCUGUCUACACUUGGGACUCUCCCUGAAAAGAAUUCGUCCCUCAGUGGAAGCCGCUCCUCAGGCCUCAAUAUCGAUUCUCCAGAAGUGAAGAAGAAGUUCAAGUUCCUGGGACACAAGCGCUCAGGCAGCUCUGACAGCAAGGCGUCUCACGGUCCGUUCUCCCUGCUCAACCGCUCCAAGCAGAACAACAGUGACCAGAACAGCCUGUGCAUCAACGGCAGCCACGUGUACGCGGAGGAGAACGAGCCCAAGAGCGGAUCGACGCUCAGCCUGAACAGCUCCGGCCAAGGCUCCGUCGAGGACGUUCGCAGACAAACGUCUGAUUUCUUUUCAGACCCCUUUCAAACUUCAUCUAUACCCGCCGCAAGGAACGAGGUGCCAGACAGAUCUUUGCAGGAGCAACAGCACCAUCAAGAGGAGCAGGAGAGAAGGCAGGCAGAAGAGAGGCGCAUUGCAGCUGCAAGGAAGCAAGAGGAAGAGGAAAAGUACAGAGCUGAGCUUGAGAGACUCCGGGAAGAAGAGGAGCGCAGACUGCAGGAGGAGCAGGAGCGGAAGAAACGCUUCCUGGAGGAUGAAGCGAGGAGGAAGGAAGAGGAAGAGCGCAGGAAAGCAGAGGAAGCGGCAGAAAGUCGGAGGCUCGAGGAGGAGCGUCGCCAAGCGGAGGAGCGGAAGCGUCAGGAGGAGGCCUCCAUGAGCGACAGGUUGACAUCCCUGUUUGGGAUGAUCAGAAAGAAGGAGGAGAAGAAGGAAGAGGUGCAGCAAGAAACUAAAGAGAAGCACCAGCACAGCGACACCGCCGAGCCCAGUCAGACAAGCUCCCACUUCUCAUCCAACCCAUUUGAGGACAUUUCCCUGAGUUCAGAGUCUCCUUUCGGCACUUAUGAAAACCAGAAAUCCAGCCUCAACCAACAAACCCCGUCCUCCACGGUCUUCCCGAACCGAACCGCGAAAGUGUCUGCAGUCAAACCCAGAUUGUCUCAAUCCUCGGACUCUGAAAUCUCUGACUCUCAAACCCCAACGCAGCGUUCACCUUCCCCUAACGACUCUGAGCCCGUCUUCUCUAGUGCCCCCGCUGAACCCCCCAAUACGUUCCUCAGCCUCCACUCGUCCCUAGCGCCACCCAAUAUAAGCCCGUCUGUUUCUCCGCGUGGAAGCACGGAGAAUCUGUCAACCGUGGGAUCGGAGAGACCACAGAGUCCCGGGGAGUCGUCGCCCACUAUGGCAGAUCAGUGGAGAAGAUCUGGUCCCCCCCCUCUGUACCCGAUACCAGAGGCCCAACCUGGAGCGGAAAUGAAGAGCGCUGCGUAUUUGGAGAGCGAUGGAUUACAGCACGAUAAAAAACUCUCUCUGCCACUUCCUGAUUAUGAAACCCUCUUUCCCCAGAAGAGACAUGGUGUACAAGGACACACUCGAUGGGAUCAUAUCAUAGCGGAGGUCAAUCAGAGACACAGGGAACUUCCGCCUGAGCUGAUGGGUCCAGAGAUGAGCGUGGACUGUCCCGAAGAUAGCAACAUUAGCCCAGUGUCUUCCAUACCCGAGGAGAGGUCUGCACUGGGGCUUUACAAAACACACACCAGCGACACUAAACCUGUGUCAACCAAAAAAACACCAGCCCCGCCUCCCCCUAAGCCAGAGAGAGCUCCACUUCCUGAACCAGCAGUUUCAGUACCUGAAAAGACGGACACCAGGAGGGCGCUGAGCCCUUCGCUUGCACCAGCACCUCCGCCCCGAGCAGCCAGCCAAGUGGCCUGGGAAACGAGUGCGCCGAGCGAUCAAAAGAACGCAGAAGCAGCCGUCAACAAAGACACGCCCACAGCCAAACCCAGACAGAGGGUUGGUGGCCCUGGGCCAACGCAGCCACAAGAGUCCUCUGUGAUUAGCAACACCCCGACGCUGCCCAGCUUAAGUGAGAGCAAGACGAACAAAAAGGAUGGCUUCGCAGACUUUGACCCAUUCCCCAGUAUUGACCUUCUCUCAAAAGACCCGUGGGCGCCACCGAAGGACAGACUAAACGUGACUGACAGUUUGGCUGGCGAUGCUCAGGCAGAGCAGAAACCCGAAGAUCGAGGGAUGACGCCAGAUGAUCUGGAUAAAAUCUUUAAUCAAGACAAACCAGCAAAUUCCUUUGCUAGUUUUAAUGGCAGUGACUCCGUAAAAAACACUCCGUCCAGCCUUAAGGAAGACGUUUCGAAGCAGUUCAGCGCUGCUUUCCAAAGAAAAAACUCACAAAAAGGAAGGAAGAGUUUUACAUACCUGACUCACUCAGAUAAGACUUCCACGUCUCAACAAGAACCGGCGAAUAGAGAAGGAGCAGCCUCGCCCACAGCGAGUCAAGGUUCCCCGACGAGAGAUGUCACGAGUGCGUCCGUCACGCUGCAACCUCGAGCUGAUGAAAAGAUGCAAAGCAAUUCUUAUGAAGGACAGGAUCUGUUUGGAGCUCCAGUUCUGACUGUCCCCUCAGCUCUGACUGCUUCAGAGGAAUUUGCAUCCCAGGAGGAACGCUUAUCUGGGGGAAAGUCAUUUUUGCAGGCAUGGGGCUCACCUUCCGAGGGUCAGGCUGUCAAUUCUCAGAAUGUUAAUGGAAGUGGUCUAGUCUUAUCUGCACGCAGGCCUCAUCCGGUGAAGCCCUUGAGCUCAGCUGAGACCCAGCAUCCCUUCGGCACCCCCGCUGGGAGAGACACGAAGAUCUGGGACGCCACUGCAGGACGGAUUAAGGCGGGAGACUCGGUGGAAGCUGGACCCUACACACAGCUGACGCAGGAGGAGCUCAUCACGCUGGUGGUGAAGCAGCAAACGGAUCUCUCCAUCAGGGACGCCAAGAUUGCGGAACUCGAAGAGUACAUAGAUAACCUGCUGGUGCGCGUGAUAGAGGAGAAACCCGCCAUCCUGCAGGCACUCAAGUCCCCCAAGCCAAUAUGAGAGGGAGGAGAGGAUUAAUUUAUCUUCCUUUUGUGUCUGUAAUGCUGUAUAGAAUGUAUAGAAUGACAGUCUCUAUGAAGGUCUUGGAGCAUAUGCACUUUUUUAAAAAUCUCUGGCUUAAGAGUGCUGAAAAAUCAUCUUAACAUACUUAAAAUCAAGCAAGUAGAGUCUUCAUGUAAGCAAUUGAAUGUAUUUGACUGUAAGGUACUGCUAUUUGCUUUAAAAUGUGUUACACUAUUAAUAUAUUCAAAACAAUGAUCUGUGUACAGUAGUUGAUGAAAGUCUGGGUUGAGCUUUAAUUUACUGCAGAGAGAAGUGUUUAAACUGUUCUUUCUUUUUACCUUUACACUGGAAUGUGUCUAGCUGGUUGCCUUGUGAUGAACGAUCGUAUGCCUAUGCAGCCUUUUCAUGUGCUUGCAUGUUUCACUCAAAUCUUACUUUUUAUUCUCCAUGUUCAUCCAUUGCACUCGAGUAUAUUUCUAAGGAAACUACGUAACAUGGUGCCGCCACACUUGAAUGUCGUCCAGCCCGUAUAAAGAUAUUGUGCCUGCAGAUGCUUCAGAGGCGUCAUUUAGAAAACCAGCCACUCGAUGUACUUUAAACUGUAGAGUAGUUACGGCUCCUCCUCCUUUUCAUGCUCGUCAUGUAGCCUGUUGACCAAGAAUAGAAAAUGUCUCUCAAGUAACUGUGCAGAAUCACGUUCUUCCAAAUGGAUAUCGGACUUUCAUCACUGUGAUUCUUUACAAAACUUCAAGCAAUAAUCAAAGAUGAUAAUCAGAGAAUUGUAACAACCAGCCUUUAACACGGAGGAAUGUCUUUUCAAACUGUAACUGUUUGGUGUAUUUGUUAAAAUUACAGCAAUACGAAUCUUAAGAAAGUACAGAACUGUGCCUUCGAUUCUUUUUCAUGUACGGUGAGCUGGAUUGAGAGUUGUUGGCUACCUCUCUUAUGUUUCUCUGCAAUUAUUGUGUAAAUGUACUGAGGCUACAGCCUGAACUAUUGUUUGUCUGACAAAAAAAAAAAAAAAAUGAAGAUGUAUAUGUCCAAGAGCACAGCAAUAUACUUUUAUUUGAAAUAAAGACACUAAGAAUGU